CUGUUUACGCGUGUUUUUCUCUGUGUCCACGGCUUUUGUGCUCUCUCUGCAGGUCAUCAUCACGGGCUGAUGACGAGCUGAAGUCCGCGCGCCGUGACGCGCCUGAGCUGCUCUACACUACGGUGGCAUGCGGUCUCCAUGGCAACCGGCUGAGUUGGUGCAGUGCGUUUGCGUGGUGUGGAGCGGUUUGUUCUGGCUGCACAAUUUUUACUCCCAGCUCUUUUAACGUCGGAAAACCAGCGCUGUGUACAGCGGAGCGGACACGGAGCGUAUCUAGCGCAUUUCAGACAUUACUGUGAUCAGAGCUGGGCGGCGGGGGACGGUUAUAAUGAGAGGUUUUCGUAGCGUUUCGGAGACUGGCGGAGUCGUGAGUGAGUGGACGGGCUGCUGCCUCGAAUGAUCAACUUAGCUUUAGGUUAGCUGGAGCUAAAUAACGCUAAGAUAGCUAACCGACAGAAUUUAUGUAAGAGCUGGGUUAGCUAUAGCUAGCUAACUGUCUGUACCAGCUAGUUUAAGGCUUUUCACGUCGAAGAGGUAGCUUAUCUAACGAGCUUUAACUAGCUUUAGCCUCACACUAACGAUUUUUUCGGUUGGGUUUUGGACUUUAUGAACGACUAUCGACUUUAUAAACGACUUUAUGAACGCGUCACGUCUGAUAGUAAUUAAUUAGUUAACUAGCUUAGUUAAUUAGCUAGCUGGGUUUGAUAGGUUUGUUCUUAUGGCUUGUAGUGAUGGUUUGGCCUGCAGUUAACUAAACUAGCUAGUUAGGUAGCUUAACUAGCUAGUCAGAGAAGGCUAGGUAGGUUAAUAAGCUAACGCUAGUUAGUUAGUUAGCUAACAGCUAGUUAACUAUCUAAGGCAAACGUCGCCCGCCACUUAGUCCCUCAGCCUGCCAGCCAGUCAUUCUCAUCGGCUGUGUAUAAGUGUGACCGGUGUUCUGUCAAGUUGUGUUAUGCUUCUAUAUGUGCUUCUUACACCAGUGCGCAAGCGCAGAUCUGCAUUUUUUUUGUUUUAAUGUAAGUUUUCAUGUGUUUUUCCGGUAAUUCUGUUUUUAAUCGCCCUGCCUCUAUUUGAAUUUGUAUUGCAAAUGUGUAAAUGGCAGUUAAUAAUAAAAGUAAUAAUAAGACUAUAAAAAUAUAUAAAAACUGGUUCUACUCUACUCACUUUUCCUUUAACUGAUAUAUUGAUUGAGACUUUCAAAAAAAAUCAUACCGAGACUUUUUUAGCGUGCAUUUUUAAAUAUGGUGCUUUUUAUCUGGUAUUUUUGCGUUUAAAUACUCACUUGGGUAGCACGGUUUGACGGGGUAGCACAAAUCGACAGAACACCCGUAUGUGUGUGGAUGUAAGUGUGUGACAGCUACGGCAAUGGGAAAACUAGCCUUUGCACAGCCACCCAUAUUCCUCACAAAGUUCAACAGCAUCCCUCGUUCACGGGAAUCCCAGCUCUGCGUCGCGUGGUUUUGCCAACGCCAGUGCUUUUCCACCUCCUUCCCGACUGGAUACGACUAGAGGCUUCUGAACACAGCAGAGCAUCUUCAGCAGGAGCAGCACCACCACCACCACCCGAUGAAUUAGUUAUAGCCAGCCAUCUAACCUAACCUAGCUAAGUCCUGCUAUAACCUGAAGGAGGGAUACUGUUUUUCUUCUUUUUCUUGUCGUGGGAGGAACAGCUCCUUCUUCUCCCAGGAAAAGUCGAAUCAGCGUUAAGACUUAGCUAAGGACCUGCAGUCAUGACUGAGGAGCUGUAACAGACAAGAGAGGACUUCUUCUCUCUCCAUCACAUCCAUAAACAGCACCAAACCAAACCGGGACCAGAUGUUUGUCGGCAAAAUGACUCUUAGCCAGUCCGGUCUGUUUGGGCAGAUAGAUGACCUGCAGGACCUCACGUUCAUCGAGAGACCUAUACGCAGGAGCCUAAAGACUGCAGAAGAGAUUGACAAGUUAACUGUUGAUGAAGAUCUGAAUGACAUAGAGCGGGCAGUCUACCUCCUCAGCUCUGGUCAGGAUGUCCAGCGAGCCAGUGUGAUCGUCAACUUGCCAAACCUGGUGCGUCAGAACCCAGCAGAGACGUUCCGGAGGGUGGUGCCAAAAGUCAGGGAGGUGCUGCACGUCGCUGGGGCAGACAUGCAGCUCGCUGCAGCAGGCUCUUUCUUGACCAUUCUCCAGGACGACAUUGUCCUCAUCCAGACGCACACCCACUCAAUCCUGCAGAUAGUUCUGCUCAACCUAGACCACAGGGAUGCAGUGGUCGGCAACGCUUGGCUAGAGACUUUGCUAUCAGCUAUUGAUGCUUUACCAAAAGAAACAAUUAGACAGGAGAUUCUUAGCCCACUGGUAUCUAAAGCUCAGCUCUCCCAGUCUGUACCAGCCCGUCUGGCCAGCUGUCGCAUCCUAGGGAAGGUUGCUGCCAAGUUUGAGUCAUCAGUAGUGAAGAAGGACCUGCUGCCUCUGGUCAGGUCGUUGUGUCAGGACGUGGAGUACGAGGUGCGCUCCUGCAUGUGUCGCCAGCUGGAGAACAUCGCCAGGGGAAUUGGGCUGGACCAUACAAAGGCUGUGGUGCUGCCGGAAUUGGUUGAGCUGGCCAGAGAUGAGGGAAGCACUGUAAGACUGGCGGCCUUUGACACCAUCAUCAACCUUCUAGAGAUGUUUGAUAGCGAUGACAGGACACGUGUUAUAUUUCCCCUGGUGAAGACAUUCUGUGAGAAGUGCUUUAAAGCUGAUGAAGCAGUGCUGGCCUCCCUGUCCUUCCAGUAUGGCAAGCUCUGUCAUGGCCUCUCAGCAUCAUUCACAGAUGAACAGCACCUCUGGUUUCUGGAAUUCUAUAAGAAGCUGUGUUGCUUGGGACUGCAGCAUGAGAACGGUCACUGCGAUAGCCAGCCUUACCCCCUAGAGCUGGAGAACAAGUACGCACUGGUGCGGAGGAAUUGCGCCUACAACUUCCCUGCUAUGGUGUUGUUUGCUGAUCCGAACCACUUUUUGUCUGAGUUAUACCGGACCUUCUCAAGCUUGUGUCACGACCCUGAAAUCUCAGUCCGACGGACAGCUGCUGAAGGAUUCCAUGAGGUGGUUAAACUGCUGGCUCCAAAUGUGCACUACGUACACAAAGAGCUCAUCACCUUGCUGCAGGACGAUUCAUUAGAGGUUCUGGACGCCCUGCUCAGUCACCUUCAAGAGACUUUGGAGUUGGCAACAUCUAGAGGAGAAGGUGCAGGGCCAGAGAGUAAGCAGGUGAAUGUGCCGGAUCUGGUGCCUGCCCUGGUGACAGCUGAGCAGAAGGCUGCGUCCUCUCUGCGCUGGAGGGUCCAUGAGAAACUCCUGCAGCGUUAUUCCUGCUUGCCCCGCGUCGUAUCUGGAGACCAGAUCUACUUCCGCUUCUUGCAAAGAAUGUUUAACAUCAUAACCACAAAUAAUGUUCUGCCGGUUCAGAGGGAAGCUGCCCGGACUCUAUGUGUGUUUCUGCGCUAUAAUCGUAAGCAGGAGCAACGGCAGGAGAUCAUCAGCAAAAUAAUACAGGAACUUGCUCAGGGUAGAAGCUAUUGGAACAGGUUGCGUUUUUUGGAUCUGUGUGAGAUUGCCAUAGAUCUCUUCUCCAAAUCCUACUUCUGCAAGCACUUCCUAAUUCAGGCACUGGAACUUGUCAAUGACCCUGUGGCCAAUGUCAGAUAUAAGCUGUGUCACAUGCUGCCCAGGUUAAGAUCCACCAUCAGGUUGCCAGCUGACAAACACCUGCUACAGGAACUGGAGUUCUGUGUCCGAAAAUUGCUCUGUCGUGAAAAAGACAAAGACGUAGUGGCCACAGUGCGCAAGACAGUCCUGGAGCUAGACAAAAUGGACAUCACAGAACCGUAUCAUAAAAGGCAUGAAAGAGAUCUUCUGGACCAGAAGAAAGAAAAGGAGGAAACCUUACUACUUGAAAUGGAACUGCUAGAACGGCAGCAAAGCGAGGCCAAACUGGUAGGAGAGAAACAUACUGAGAAGAAACGAAGAGACAGUAAAGCAGGACUUUCUGGUAGCAAAGGCAUGUCAGGGUCUACAUCUGGAGCCACACUGUCCACAUCUGCUGGUAAGGAAAUGCGGAGAGCCAAACUGGCUCGCAGCCGUUCCCUCAGUAGCCAUCCCAGCACUCCUAAAAUGUCAAACUCUGACAAGACCCUAAAAGUGAAGGAAUCAGGAAGUUGUCCUGGAUCAGGGAAAAGUUCCAUAAUUCCAAUCAAUGAUGACGCCCUGCGAUCCCAUCAUUUCAACGUGGCCUCCUCGUCCUCCUCAUUGUCUCCAACUCCCUCUACCUCCUCCAUGCCUGUGCUGAUCCGCAGCAACACAAGCAGCUCUGUAGAUCAUCGAAGCAACGGCAGCAAAGACACACAGUCCAGAAAACUUUCCAUACAAAGGAAGUCCAAUUCAUUUGGCAUGCAGUCUGGGAGGGAGUGACAGUCACUCAGUUGAGAGGACUCAGGCAUAGUGGCUGUUGUGAAGUGACCCCCCUCCCGUGGCCUGGAGCUUGGAGAAGGACAUAAUGGCUCUCCGUGUCCAUCCUGGAGAUACAUCGUCUGCCUGUUGCUGUGUCCAUCCCUCGUUCCUCCUCUGUAGCAGAACCAGCUGGACUUUCUUUGCUUAGGCUGUGGAGGAGGAAAGGGGCCCCAGGAUUUUUUUCACAUCAAUGAAAGUAAACAUUGAUCCAUCUCUGCCUUAUUCCACACUAAAAAUUGCACCAUUUAUCAAAAACGAAAAGAGCGGUGGAGUAAUAUGAUGUAUUUAAUUUAUUGGUUCAUUUAUUUUUUUGUUUCUUGUAUUAUAGCAUGCUUUGCAAAUUUUCUUUGUUUUAUAUUUUCCAACUGGCUAUGAAAAAAGAUGCAGUAUGUAUUUUUAUGAGCGCCACCUUUAAGAGUUCUGGGACUCUCCAUCCAGUGACAUUUGUGCCUGGUGCAUCACAGCACCUGAGUUAUUCACGCCAAUCUUUCAGAAUCCAAUCAAUAAAGCCCAUGUUGAACACAA